AUGGACACCAAAUCAAGCUCCGUCGACACAUGCACGCCGGGCGGGCCCCACCACGGCCCCACCACCGACCCCUCGGCCACCCUCGGCCGCCACAUCGCCCGCCGCCUCGUCCAGGUGGGCGUGGAGGACGUCUUCUCCGUCCCCGGCGACUUCAACCUCACCCUCCUCGACCACCUCAUCGCCGAGCCCGGCCUCACCAACGUCGGCUGCUGCAACGAGCUCAACGCCGGCUACGCGGCCGACGGAUACGCCCGCGCGCGCGGCGUCGGCGCAUGCGUCGUCACGUUCACGGUGGGCGGCCUCAGCGUGAUCAACGCCAUCGCCGGCGCAUACAGCGAGAAUCUCCCCGUGAUCUGCAUCGUCGGUGGCCCCAACACCAAUGACUACGGCACCAACCGCAUCCUCCACCACACCAUCGGAUUGCCCGAUUUCAGCCAAGAGCUUAAGUGUUUCAAAACAGUCACGUGUUAUCAGGCAGUUGUGAGUCACUUGGAUGAUGCACAUGAACAAAUUGAUAAAGCCAUCUCGACGGCACUGAUGGAGAGUAAACCGGUCUACAUUAGCAUCAGCUGCAAUUUGCCUGGUUUGCCUCAUCCUACAUUUGCAAUAGAUCCUAUCCCUUUCUCUCUCUCUCCAAGAUUAAGCAACAAGGUAGGGCUAGAGGCGGCGGUGAACGCGGCAGCGGAAUUCCUAAACAAGGCGGGCAAAACGGUGAUGAUAGGGGGGCCGAAGCUCCGGCUAUCCAAGGCAGAGUCCGCGUUCGUGGAGCUCGCGGACGCAUCCGGCUACCCAGUCGCAGCGAUGCCCUCGGCCAAGGGGCAGGUCCCGGAGCACCACCCCCGCUUCAUCGGGACGUACUGGGGCUCGGUGGGCACGCACUUCUGCGGCGAGAUAGUGGAGUCCGCCGACGCCUACAUCUUCGUCGGCCCCAUCUUCAACGACUACAGCUCCGUCGGCUACUCCCUCCUCCUCAAGAAGGAGAAGGCCAUCAUCGUGCAGCCCGACCGCGUCGUCGUCGGCAACGGCCCCGCCUUCGGCUGCGUGCUCAUGAGAGACUUUUUGAGAGAAUUAGCUAAAAAGGUCACUAAAAACACCACUGCAUUCGACAACUAUAAGAGGAUUUUCGUGCCGGAUGGGCAGCCUGUGAAGAGCGAGCCCGCGGAGGCGCUGAGGGUGAAUGUGCUGUUCCAGCACGUGCAGAAGCUGCUCACCGGCGAGACCGCCGUCAUAGCCGAGACCGGAGACUCGUGGUUCAACUGCCAGAAGCUCAAGCUGCCGGAAGGAUGCGGGUACGAAUUCCAGAUGCAGUACGGAUCGAUCGGGUGGGCGGUGGGAGCCACGUUAGGGUAUGCGCAGUCGGUCCCCAAGAAGCGCGUGAUCUCGUGCAUCGGUGACGGGAGUUUUCAGGUGACGUGUCAGGAUGUGUCGACGAUGAUACGGUGCGGGCAGAAGAGCAUAAUAUUUUUGAUCAACAACGGGGGAUACACGAUCGAGGUGGAGAUCCACGACGGGCCGUACAACGUGAUCAAGAACUGGAACUACACGGGAUUGGUGGAGGCGAUGUGGAACGGGGAGGGAAACUGCUGGACUUCGAAGGUGCAGUGUGAGGAGGAGCUGGUGGCGGCGAUUGAGACGGCGACGACGGAGAAGAAGGAUUGCUUGUGCUUUAUUGAAGUAGUCUGCCACAAGGAUGAUUGCAGCAAAGAGCUGCUAGAGUGGGGGUCAAGGGUCUCUGCUGCUAACAGCCGCCCUCCUAAACCUCAGUAGGAUUUCAAUUUAUCGACCAAUAAUCCACUCCUCCAAUUCAAUCUUUAAAAACAUUGUUCCACUAUGUUUUUGUUGAACAUCCGAAAAUAAAGCUCUCAAAUGGGACAAGUUAUUUUAAUAUGAAUA